AUGAACGAAGAAACAACAUCAAUCUUACGACCGGGUCAAACGUUUACUCAUCGUGAUAGAAAAUACAAAAUACUAAAGCAAAUAUGGCUUGGACCAUUUAGUGAAGUAAUGAUUAUUAAAGAUGUCAACAGUAAUGAACAAUUUGCAAUGAAAAUUGAAAAAACCAAAGAUCCACAAAGAUCAGUCCUAAAAUUGGAUGUUUUUGUAUUACGUGAAUUUCAAAAUACCAAAACAAUUGGUAUGCCACAAUUAAUUGAUCAGGGACGUACUGAUCAAAUUAAAUAUGUUAUCAUGCAACUUCUUGGUCCUGAUUUAGAUAAAUUACGUCGUUGUUUACCGGGCAAAAAAUUCACUUUAACAACAGCACUUCAUCUUGGCAUACAAACAUUAGAUCGAAUUGAAACAUUACAUGAUACGGGUUGGCUUUCACGUGAUAUUAAAGCAAAUAAUUUCGCAAUUGGUUUAAAAGAUGAUAAUCAAACAGUUUACAUUCUUGAUUUUGGUUUCGCUAGACGAUUCAGAGAUAAAGAUGGUAAAUUUUAUCAACCACGAAGUUCAGCUGCUCUCAUAGGAUCCAUUUAUUAUUCAUCGUUAGCAGCGCAUGCAUUUAAAGAUCAAUGCCGAAGGGAUGAUAUUGAAUCAUGGUUUUAUAUGGUUUGUGAAUUUAUUAAAGGUCCACUCCCAUGGGCAAAUGCAGAUGUUCGAGAAGAUUAUUUGUUAAUUGGUGAAUGGAAGCGUUAUGCAAGGAUGAGUGGACGAUAUGAGUUACUUAAAGGAGUACCGGAAGAAUUUGACAAAAUAUUGGAAAUGAUUGAUAAUAUAAAAUAUUUUGAACGACCAGAUUAUCGAACAUUUCGUAAAUUAAUCAAUAAUGUUUUUAUCAGGUUAAAGCUUAAUCAAAAUGCACCAUUUGAAUGGCAAACAAAUCCAAGUCUUAUUCAAAAAGCAUCAUUAAUCGGUGAUCAAGGUCAAUCAUGCUUUAUUAGCUAUCGUCUACGAGAAUUAACCAGAAAACCGGAUGAUAUGAUUUUACUACCGUGA